AUGGCGGCGUCAAUAUCUGAAGGCCAGUCUACGGACAUACGAAAUUCGAGAUCUUCCCACAAGGAGAAGAAAUCUACCCCUGACACGAGCUCUGCCCCUGCACCUGAAUCGGAGACACAGUAUACAGAUGUCGAGAAGUCUGCAGAGGAAGCCAAACCGAAACCACCAGCACGCGAGUCACCCAACGGCGGAUUGGCAGCAUGGCUCGUCGUCCUCGGUGCUUGGUGUACUUCGUUCUGUAGUUUCGGAUGGUUGAACAGCAUCGGUGUCUUCCAGGAAUACUACCAGAAUGUCUUGUUGAGUCAGUAUUCUCCAAGCACGAUUUCCUGGAUUCCGUCGUUGCAAAUUUUUUUCAUGAUGGGCAUGGGUCCUGUCAUCGGCGUUAUCUACGACCACUAUGGUCCUCGCUGGCUUCUUCUAGGAGGGACUUUUCUGCACGUCUUCGGAGUCAUGAUGGCCUCGUUGGGGAAGGAGUAUUACCAAAUCCUGCUGGCCCAGGGUGUAUGUUCUGCCAUUGGAGUUUCUGCAAUCUUCCAACCAGCAUUCACGUCUGUCCAGGGUUGGUUCAGCAAGCGCCACGGCGCUGCGUUCGGCGUCCUUUUCACAGGCUCGAGCGCCGGCGGCAUCGUGUUCCCCAUCAUGGUGUCACACCUCAUCCGUGAAGUCAGCUUCGGCUGGGCCAUGCGCGUCUCGGCCUUCCUCAUGCUCUUCUUGCUGGUGAUAGCCAACCUGACCGUACGCCCCUUUGACCGUCCGUGCCCGGACCAGCACAGGGUGAGCGCCACACAGCUCCGCAAGCCCUUUACCGAACUGAACUUCCUCCUCGUCACGGGGGCCGCGUUCUGGUUCAGCUACGGCUUCUUCGUCCCCAUCAACUACCUGCCGGCCCAGGCCUUCGAGGCCGGCGUGGACCCGGAGCUGGUUCAAUACCUCCUGCCCAUCCUCAACGCGGCGUCGCUGUUCGGCAGACUGUCCGCCGGAGUCGCGAGCGACAAGUUCGGCCCCUACAACGUCUUCGUCGCCGUGUCUUACCUCUCCGGCAUCUGGAUCCUGGGUCUGUGGCUGCCCGAGGACUCGAGCGCCGGCGCCAUCGUCGCGUUCGCGGUGCUUUUCGGUUUCUCGUCCGCCGCGUACGUGUCGUUGCUGGCGCAGCUGGUCAUGGCGAUUUCGCCCAUGAACCUCGCCGACAUAGGCUUUCGGAUCGGCGUGGUGUUGUUCGUCACGGCGGUAGGCGGCCUCACGACGAACCCCGUCAACGGCGCCAUUUUGAGAGGCGGCGGUGGCUGGACGGGCCUCAAGGUCUUUUCGGGCGUGUUUUGUAUCGCCGGCACUACGCUCGUGCUUAUCGUGAGGAUCCGAAGGGCUGGCUGGAGGUUGUUUGUCAAGGUGUAA